AGUAUUUCAUAGGUCUAUACAUGAAGCCAGUACACAUGCAUAAAUCAAAGUCCAAAGUCCAGCUAUUAUACCUGUGAGCUGUGAGGCUUUUCCACUCUUCUUCGGUCCCUUAUGCAAAUGUUUUACUCUGAUUAUUCUGUGUUAUUCAGAAGUAACAUGGAGCAGAUCACCAACUUUCUCUGCAGGUAUAAAAACUACAACUUUCCAAUCGGUUUCACAACUGCAAAGUACAUUGAUUCACUCCAGAGCUUUGAAAUACGAGAUAGUGAUAUAUUCCUCGUCACUUAUCUAAAGUCAGGAACUAUAUGGACUCAACAGAUCAUCAUCUCCAUCUGUGAGUUAGAUGGGAGUCUGAAUGAGUAUCCAAACAACUUGGAACAGAUGCCGUGGCUGGAGUACAGGCAGGCUCAAGAAGAUUAUGCACUACGACCCUCUCCACGGCUCUUCACUUCUCACCUUACCCCGGCUCUCAUGCCUCCAGGACUGAAGGACAAGAAAGCUAAGAUUGUCUAUGUGAUGCGAAACCCAAAGGACAACAUCGUCUCCUUUUACCACUUCAGUAAAGUGUGCGGUGACCUGGAGACUCCGAAGAACUUUGAGCACUUUUUUGAGGAGUAUUUGACAGGCAACGUUGUAGGAUCAUCCUGGUUCGACCACAUCAGGGAGUGGCAUUCCAAAAAAGACGAGUACAACAUCCUCUUCCUGACCUAUGAGGAAAUGGUUUUGGACCUGAAGGCGGCAGUUACUAAGAUCUGCAUUUUCUUAGGGAAGAACUUGAGUGAAGCAGCCAUUGAGCAAGUUGAAGAAAAAUCUACAUUCAAGAACAUGAAGAAAGACUCAAAAGCAAACUACGAGUUUCUGGCUCAAGAGAGGAUGAAGGGAGACUUCAUGCGCAAAGGUAACAUCGGUGACUGGAAGAACACCUUUACUGUUGCUCAGAGUGAAAGAGUGGAUCAACUCCUUCAGGAGAGACUCGGUGACCUGUCUCUGAAGUUCAUCUGGGAAUAAGCAGAGCAGCCGCACCAGCCAUUCACUGCCACUGUGUCUGAAUGUGUCUUAGAUGUACAUCAUAUAGAGUAGCUGCUAAUGUGUAAACUGCUGAUACAUUUACAUUUACAUUACAUUUACUCAUUUGG